CGCCGGAGAGGAUGCCACCUGCUGGUGAGGGACCCCAGCUUGCACGGUGGGCGCAACGGAGACGUGGAGCCUGGAUGUGCGGCGAACAAGAAUUCGAGCAGUUUUCCGAGUGGCUGGGUUGCCGCUGUCCCUGGAGGGCCGCCACCUCCACAGGCCGUGCCUGCAGACCCUGUGCCCCGCGCGCCGCUGCGGACGCAUUGGUUCCCGCCGGGGCAACGGACCUCCGCUCGGCUCCGCGGCCCGCCCUGCCCUCCGCAGGCAGCGCGCUCCGAGGUCUAAGACUCCGCUCCUCUCCAUCAGGUGGAGCCGCCCGCGCCUCGCCGCCUCCCGCCCGCCCUCCUCGCCGGCGAGCUGCUCGCAGGCACCUUGCAGCGCCAGGAGGUUAACCGAGCCCCCGGAGGAGCUUCGGUGAAAGGAGCCCUUCUGUCACUCGUCACUCGCCCGCCGUGGGAGGAGCCCGCCGGAGGAAGCUGUGUGCCUGGGACGCCGCGAGCCAGAGAAUAGAUCCGCUCGGGAGGGGACGUGGCUGGCCAUCCCGGCUUCCCGAGGCGGCUAGACACAGGCAACUUGUCUGGCUGGCUGCCGCUCCCGGAGGCACAAAGAGCCCGAGGCCACCCGGCGGGACCGACGGACAGACAGAUGGUUGGCGCGAGCCGGAGAGGACCGCGGCGGAGGCUGAGCACAGCGAGCCGCCGAGCCGGAGAAACUAACUGCGACCCCAAGUUGCCCCGCCGGCUCUCCCUCGCUGCACGGAGCAAUGAGACCUUUCCAGCUCGAUCUGCUCUUCGUCUGCUUCUUCCUCUUCAGUCAAGAGCUUGGCCUCCAGAAGAGAGGAUGCUGCUUGGUGCUGGGCUACAUGGCCAAGGACAAGUUUCGGAGAAUGAAUGAAGGCCAAGUAUACUCCUUCAGCCAGCAGCCCCAGGACCAGGCCGUGGUGUCCGGGCAGCCGGUGACGCUGCUGUGCGCCAUCCCGGAAUAUGAUGGCUUCGUUCUCUGGAUCAAAGACGGCUUGGCUCUGGGUGUGGGCAGGGAUCUCUCAAGUUACCCACAGUACCUGGUGGUAGGGAACCACCUGUCGGGGGAACAUCACCUGAAGAUCUUGCGGGCAGAGCUGCAGGAUGAUGCUGUGUAUGAGUGCCAGGCCAUCCAGGCUGCCAUCCGGUCCCGCCCCGCACGCCUCACCGUCCUGGUGCCACCCGAUGACCCCGUCAUUCUGGGGGGGCCUGUGAUCAGCCUGCGGGCGGGGGACCCCCUCAACCUCACCUGCCACGCAGACAAUGCCAAGCCUGCAGCCUCCAUCAUCUGGUUGCGGAAGGGAGAGGUCAUCAACGGGGCCACCUACUCCAAGACCCUGCUUCGCGAUGGCAAGCGUGAGAGCAUUGUGAGCACCCUCUUCAUCUCCCCUGGGGAUGUGGAGAAUGGGCAGAGCAUCGUGUGCCGGGCCACCAACAAAGCCAUCCCUGGAGGGAAGGAGACCUCGGUCACCAUCGACAUCCAGCAUCCUCCACUUGUCAACCUGUCGGUGGAACCACAGCCAGUUCUGGAGGACAACGUCGUCACGUUCCACUGCUCUGCAAAGGCCAACCCAGCUGUCACCCAAUACAGGUGGGCCAAGCGGGGUCAGAUCAUCAAGGAAGCAUCUGGAGAAGUGUAUCGGACCACGGUGGACUACACCUACUUCUCAGAGCCUAUCUCCUGUGAGGUGACCAACGCCCUGGGCAGCACCAAUAUCAGCCGCACAGUCGACGUCUACUUUGGGCCUAGGAUGACCACGGAGCCCCAGUCGCUGCUCGUGGAUCUGGGCUCGGAUGCCAUCUUCAACUGCGCCUGGACAGGCAACCCGUCCCUGACCAUCGUCUGGAUGAAGCGGGGCUCUGGCGUGGUCCUGAGCAAUGAAAAGAUCCUGACCCUCAAAACCGUCCGCCAGGAGGAUGCUGGGAAGUAUGUGUGCCGAGCCGUGGUGCCCCGGGUGGGAGCCGGGGAGCGAGAGGUGACCCUCACUGUCAAUGGGCCGCCCAUCAUCUCCAGCACCCAGACCCAGCAUGCUCUCCACGGGGAGAAGGGCCAGAUCAAGUGCUUCAUCCGGAGCACGCCGCCACCCGACCGAAUCGCCUGGUCCUGGAAAGAGAAUGUGUUGGAAUCAGGGACAUCGGGGCGCUACACGGUGGAGACGGUCAGCACCGAGGAAGGGGUCAUCUCCACCCUGACCAUCAGCAACAUUGUGCGAGCUGACUUCCAGACCAUCUAUAACUGCACCGCCUGGAACAGUUUCGGCUCUGACACGGAGAUCAUCCGGCUCAAAGAGCAAGGUUCGGAAAUGAAGUCGGGAGCCGGGCUGGAAGCAGAGUCUGUGCCGAUGGCUGUCAUCAUUGGGGUGGCCGUAGGAGCUGGUGUGGCCUUCCUCGUCCUUAUGGCAACCAUUGUGGCCUUCUGCUGCGCCCGCUCCCAGAGAAAUCUUAAAGGUGUUGUGUCAGCUAAGAAUGACAUCCGAGUGGAGAUUGUCCACAAGGAGCCUGCCUCAGGUCGGGAGGCCGAGGAACACCCCACCAUCAAGCAGCUGAUGAUGGACCGUGGUGAGUUCCAACAGGACUCAGUACUGAAGCAGCUGGAGGUGCUCAAAGAAGAGGAGAAGGAGUUUCAGAACCUGAAGGACCCCACCAAUGGCUAUUACAGCGUCAACACUUUCAAAGAGCACCACUCGACCCCCACCAUCUCGCUAUCCAGCUGUCAGCCGGACCUGCGCCCCACAGGCAAGCAGCGAGUGCCCACGGGCAUGUCCUUCACCAACAUCUACAGCACCCUGAGCGGCCAGGGCCGCCUCUACGACUACGGACAGAGGUUCGUGCUGGGCAUGGGCAGCUCGUCCAUCGAGCUCUGUGAGCGGGAGUUCCAGAGAGGCUCCCUCAGCGACAGCAGCUCCUUCCUGGACACACAGUGUGACAGCAGCGUCAGCAGCAGUGGCAAGCAGGAUGGCUACGUGCAGUUCGACAAAGCCAGCAAGGCCUCCGCCUCCUCUUCCCACCACUCCCAGUCCUCUUCCCAGAACUCCGACCCCAGCCGGCCCCUGCAGCGGCGGAUGCAGACUCACGUCUGAGGAUACCAAACUGUGGGUGGGGAGUGCUGGGGAAGGGGCUGCGGCACAGUCUGGCUCUCCAGAGACCGUGGGUACUUGGCAGAGGACCCCAGAAGUGGCUGCCUCCAGGACAGCCCCCCGAGUGCCUCUGCCACCACCCUCCUCCAAAGCCCUGAUCAAGCACAAGUCUGGGUCCCAGCCGCAGUGUGCCGGCAGGAUGCAGGAGGGGAAGUGGUCAGAGGAUGCAGCGGAGCAUGCUGAGCUCAGCCCUGGACGCUCUGGUUCCAGCGCUUUCCUGGACGCCGUUCAGCUCUCUGCUCCUCCCACAGGCGCUAGAGGCAGCUACAAGUUUGCUUUAAUGAAACUGCCAUCCGCUCUCCGUGAGCUCUCCCCCUUGCUGCCCAUAAGCCCUACCCCUGUGCCUGUGGCCCUCUCCAGCCUGGGCAGGAGUUGGGGAAGCACUUCCCAGCACCGAGCUCCCCAGAGACCCAGAGCCCCCCCUGCUCAGAGCCCAGACCCUGAAGGGCAAGAAGCCAGAAAUGGCCCUGGCCCUAGAGCCUCUCCCACAACACUGGCCAUGCGCCCACCCCCUAAUUUGUUUGGUGUUUUGUGUCCAUGCUCUUGCAGUUCUAUCCUUGGACUUGAUGCUUCGAACUCUGAGGUGGGACUGGCCCAAACACACUGUUCUUGGAGGGGCUUGGAGGGAGGGGAAGUGUGAGCACUUGGGGGAUACCUUGCCCACCAGGCUCCUCUCCAGGCUGUGCUGUUCAGAGUCCCCCACCCAGCCCUACUUCGUGUACUCCCCUCUGCCCCUACAGCACAGCCGCAGCUAAUACAGGAAGUGAGAGAGCUUCUCUGGACAGGGAUCUUUUAACAGUCACUGGAGAGUUUCCUGGACUGGGUACGGCUUGAGGGGCCUAGAGGGCAGGUCACUGAGAUGAUGAGACUCAUGUUCACAGCUGAUGAAGCUCCAGGGGCCUAGAUUUGCAAAAGGGACAAUAGUCCUGUCUUCAGUGACUCCACAGGCAAGAUCCACCUCCCCCUGACAUCCACCUGAGAAUAAAUUUGUUGGACUUAUCCAACAAAUCCGUUCUGUCCUUUUGUUCCUGCACAGCCCAGGAAGAACUCAAGAACUCAGAGAGUACAUUGAGGACCCAACGUUCAUUGCCCUUCCUUAGUUCAGUGUUCCUAGAUGAUUAGGGUAGCUGAAGGCUGUGGCUGUGGGGCAUCAGCACCCAGGGAGAGCCCUGUCCUUGCAGACGCGCCCAACCCAGAGUGCAUGCAAACGCCAGGCUCACCCAACACCUGACUCAUGCCAAAUAACAGCUCAGAGGCCAAGUGGUCAUGCUUGGCAUGAAAGGGGUCAUUCUAGGCCUUUCAGCAAUAUUCUGCAAGGGAAGUUCCCUUCGGGGUUCAGGGCAGGAGGCCCUCUUCAAAGAGCCUAUGCCACCAAACACCCUAAUACUCUGGGACUCAAAGAAUACUCUAAGAAUGGCCUUGUUUGGGUGGGAAGCUUGACAUGGUGAUGGUAGACCAGAUGGGGCAAGUCUAAGUGCUAGUUCAGGGGACAGGGUUUAAAUGGAAUUUUGGAAAACCCAAAUUGUCUGUAAGGUUGGAAGUCCCUCCUAAGAUUUAGACCCUUCUUCUCCAGCCUUACCUGGUAGUCCUUACCCCUGUUGGAACCUUCACGUCAAAAGUGUGUGUUCUUUUCACACAUUGUUGUCUGGGAUGGCCCCAACCACAGAUUCUGUACAUAGCCUUCAAAAUGCCUUCACCCAGUGGAGUUCUGCUUCCACCAUAUUUCCUAUUGCUUCAAAAUUCCCCAGUUCCUUUGCUGCCCCCAAGCCUGAGGUAGUAAAAACUGUUAAGAAAUGUUAAGUGUGUAUCCCAGUUCAGAUUGUGCUCCGAGUCCCAUUCUGGCCUGGCACAGAUGUCAGGAUAUUGGUCCCUGUGCACCCUACCUUAACCUUGAAAACCUUCUUCCUUUCCAUAUAUGUUUUGCCUUUGCCAACAGGAAACAAGGAUCUAAGACCAGCUGCCAGCUGCCUUGGCAUACUAGAAGAAAGACAAGGAUGACUUCAGGGGAUUUGUCCCCUAAUUGCAUCUUCACCACCUCCUAAUCCUCACCACUGCCUACUUUGCCCCUUGCCCCUGUCUCUCUCACACACACACACACACACACACACACACACAGCUCUUACAAUCGGUGGAGGUGCCCAUUCUUUUCUGGGGCCCAAGGUUAUGACAGAAUAACCAGAAGAAUAGGGCAUGAGUCUGUUCUCUCAUAGGAUAGAAUGAGCUCCUCUCCCUCUGUCACUCCAGGCACUCCCAGGGGAGGAAUGCAGACUCUCAGGCAAGAUGAGCACAGAGGACAGGAGCUGGCAGCCCGGACUCAGCCAUGUAGUCUCAGUCCCCAGCCCCCUGAGCUCUUCCAAUGCACAAAUUCAGCAAAGAACUGCUGAAGGGAUAGGAAGUCCAAGUAAGGCCUAGGUGAAAGAGGAGAAUGUCGAGGGAAAAGAAUAGCAAUAUCCAGGGGCUUCUGGGAAGCUGAGGCAUUGAGGAGGAGACCAGGCUGAGCUACAUAUACCCCUCAGGUGUCUCCAGCCCUACUUACUUCUUGCAAAGGAGUAAGAAAGCUGGUAAACAGAGGUGUUAGGAAAAAAAUAAAUAAAGAAGGCAGUGGGAAGCCCUGAAUCCCCCCAUAGAUGAUCUCAAAUUAACUUUUUAUUUGUAAUCUUUUUUUAAUCCUGACCAUUCCACAAAGCAUCACCAUUUUAUGGACCAGGGAAUGAGGCCUAAAGAAGCCAAAAGACUUGCCCAAGGCACAGAGCUAACAAGUGGCAAACAUGAGAUCUAAACACACAUGGUUCCCACUGUAAAAUGUUUCCAUCCUACAGUGCAAGCUCAAGGCCACUUUCAUCCUAGAAUAGGAUGGUCGUUUUCAAGGCCAUCUGCUAGUACCCAAUCUGGGGCAGGCUGAGCAGGGAUAGGCCACAGCUCCUUUAGGGAGGCAGGACUAGCAUUCUCCCACUCAAGUCCCCAGAUGACCUGCAAAGACCACAACUCCUUGGGAAACAAAGCCAUUCUGUGUAUCAAAUCACCCCCACUCCUAGCAAGGCCAGUAUCCAGCUUUCUGAUAGCUUUAAAAUUCAUUAUUGGCUCCAAGUCACUGGAUGGGAGCCCACUUGCUCAUUCCCAGGCUCGCUAUCAGUCUGGAAAGGCCGGGGUUAUUUCCACCACCUCUUCAACUUCCAUGGAAUAGGAAAUGCUAUCACGUGAAGAGCUAGAAUGCCACAUCAAAUCCAUUUCUGAUGGAGCCUUUUGAAACAAGUGCUAUAAAGUAAUAGGGCUUUGAAGCUGCCUUUGAACUUGUGGAGCGGAGAGGACCUGGGGAAAUGAAAACGAACAUGCUGAAGUCCUUGGGAGAUUUCUCAGAACAGGAGAAAAGGAGCCAACAGGAACCCCAUUCCUCACUUCCUGUAUGGGAAGCAUACUUGCAGCGUGUGGUGUUCGUUAUUAUGGCAUCAGAAUUGAAAUUGCAAGGCACCCAAGCUCGAUUAGCUCUUCCCAAGUAUCACGUACGCGGUUUAUGACGGCACCAGAAAAAGACAAAGGGGAGUCCUGUGAUUAGUUUCUUCUCUAGGAAGUUUCCCUACAAAAUAAGCUCUUUAUUAAAAUAAAGGUAUAAAUAUUUGAAUAAAAACUCUUAGUUUGUGUAUUAGAUUUUUGUUUGAAAUACCACUUUGUUGCCUCUUAAAAGAAACAAACUUUUAGACAUAGGCCGACGACAUCUCGACUAAAUCUUAAAGUUUACCUCCCCUUUUAAGCAGUCUUCUAAAAGCCUCUUACCGAAGAUGUUUUAGGAGUUGUAAACAUAUACAAGCCACUUUCAGUUUUAGCAUCCAAGCUACAGCGAUCUUUGAGAAUCACUGAAGAAGAGCUGUCACUCUGCUAGCUAUGUCUCAUCCCCAGUGAGGCUCCAAUCAUGUUUUCCCCAACCCUGUGUUUCAGUCUUUCUAACUCGGUCAUCAACUGGGAAAAAUGAGAAAGUCUUGAGUGACUUGUCUUUCUAAAAAUAAGGACAUGUUUUCCUGGAUGAAUGCGUUUUAUUGCAGGAAGCCAUGCAUUCUUCUCUGUCUUCUUCCUGGGUCCGUCUCUGCCUGCUCUCUAACGUUAGGCUAGGUCUUGAAAUACACUGAAAGCAUUCAUUACUACAGGCACAGUAGUUCUAUCCUUCCACAGCCCUCAUCUUUAAAAGGCCUUUUGUGAACAUACACCAUUCACAAGAUACAUUGCUGAAUUGUGGUCUACAUCCCUGGUACCAUUCCAUGUUCCCAAAGCGUCUCUCUGGGACAAUCCACCCAGGCCACCCACAGGGCUGGGACAUCCUCAGCCCCUGGGUGGAACGCUCCCUUGAACUCACUCACUGAUCAGAAAGCCCCAUCUAUGCAGAGGCAUCUCCUUCCGCUGCUUCAUAACCUAUGGCCCUUGGAAAUAUCUUGGAAUGCUGUGAGAACAUUCAAAUAAUGCUCCUUUGUAACUAUCUUCUUUGUGGUGAAUCUAAAAUACUAGUGCUCAAAGACAAGGUAAAUGAAGUCUCAGGAAACAUGUCUUCUACGGGAGAAUUUGGGUCUUAAGUAAGUGGAGCAUCUCUGACAUCCAUUCCCAAUUAUGCAAGGAGAAAAGUGCUACUCAGGAUAGGAACUGAUAUUGGGAUUCAUCCUUCUCAAAGUCACCAUCAAUUAGGCAAAGACAAGUCCAGGUGGAUUACCUUAAAUACACCUCCUUCACCACCUUUCUAAGGAAAGUAAGGGCAGAAUUUUCAGAUAAGAAACUAUCUGACUUAUAUUAAGUUUCUCUAGUUCUCCUGCCAUGCAGGGCUACAUCAGUGGAACAUAAAUCCACAGAGAAAAAGAACAGAAAUGGAGAGAACCUACCAGACUCUAACUUCUACUUUCAUGGGAUUUUUCCUCAGGAGAGAAAUGCGUUUUUAAGCAAGAGAUGCUUCUUAAGUGUUAAAGUUGGUGAUGUAUGUAAAUGGUGUUUUAGGAAGCCUCAGAAUAAUAGAUGGUUCUGGAAUAGCUUAGUUCAAUAAUUCCAACUUCAGUCCCCUAGGGUGAUUUCAACAUCUGAGCCCUCUCUUACUCCCUCCGCCCAACUCCACCCUCCCAGUCUUGCAAGAUUCUCAAAAGAAAGCUGUGCCUCUGUUGAGGGGUUGGGUGUACUUUAAGUUGGUCUUCCAAACUUGUAACCUGCCCCACAAAUUUCAUUUUUCCCUAAAAACUUUUUUGUCAAAUCCUCUGUGUUAACUUUGCUGGACGGACUGUGGUCCUGCUCUCUGCAAUACCUUUACAUGAAGAAACAGAGUCUUCCAAUGCACGUGGGCUCCUGCCAAAUCUGACAUCUAAUGAAACUCAAGGUUCAUCUCCCCGAUCAUUUCUCCAGCACAGAAUCCCCAAGAUCCCUAACAAGAGAGGUAAACUUGAGGAGAAAGAACUGGACAGGGAAACAGCUAUAACUAGACACACACAUAACAUAAAUCCCUCCUAAACUUUUAAGCUGGAAGGACUUCCUGGAACCAUGUCUGGAACAGAACCAUGGGAAUGCUCAAAACGAACAAAUAGUCUUCCGAAGCUAUAAUUAAGACAUCAAAAAAGUUAAAGGGCUUAGAGGGGAACUGACCAACUCUGAGCUUGUACUUUUCAACCUUAAUUUAGGAAUUUACUGUGGUAUGCUGCAUGCCAUCAAAAUGGAUAAUGUCGCUCAAGAAACCACUUUCUCCAAAACCCCUAAAGGCGUGACUUCAACAUGAAAACCACUGCCAGGGAGCAGUCUGAACUCAUUGUUCAUUGUUUGAUUGUGCAAAGCCUGCAUCUGAGUCAUUCUCCUGAUGUCUCACCAACCCCUACUUAGUUUGUAGGUGAUUUAAAGACAAAGACCUUUCUGUAACCAGUCAUGCUACUCAGUACCUGGGCAAAUAUUUGGUCCUCCAGAUAUACCUCACCUGCAUUUCCAGUAUUUUCCGUUAUUCAAGGCGGUUUUCCAACCUAAUAUUUAUAUCAUACUUUACAGUCUACACAAAGUUUUUACAAUCAUAUUCCCAUUAGAUCCUUUCAACCUCAUUGUGAGAUAGGCAUGCAUAAAUCACUAUUUACAGGUGGAGGAGCAGAGGUUCACUGGUCUAAUUACAUGACAGAGCAUCCCCAGGAGUAAAACCCACGACCCAACCGUGCGUAUUUUGGGGCACUACACCUCGGUGCCUCAGAGAUAGAACUGUUUCCAAGCUCAGA